AUGAGUCAAAGCCAUUUUCAGGAGUGGAGCCAGAAGGCUGCCAACCCUCAAGUGACAAUUCGAUCCAUAAUCACGGGACUGGCCAUUGGAAGUAUCGUUCUGUUUUCGAAUUUCCAGUUUGGUUUACAAACAGGAUGGGUUUCUAUGAUGGGUCUACCGUCUGCACUACUGGCAUUUGCUACUUUUAAGUCUCUCCAGAAAUAUUUGACUUAUCCAUUCACUGACGUUGAAAAUGUGUUUGUCCAGAGUUUGGCUGUAGCUGUUGGUACAGGACCAUUGGCAUUUGGAUUUGUGGGUGUUGUUCCCGCCAUUGAAAAGUUUUUAAGACCUUCUGAGGCCGGACUAGGCCGUGAUGAUAGCCAUUUGGAUCCUAUACUCAGCAUUCGAAAUGUAUUAUCUACAGGUCCUAUCCAUUUAUCGAUGGCACAGCUGAUUGUAUGGUCUGCAGGACUGUCAUUUUUUGGAGUGUUCUUUGCUGUGUUGCUUAGGACACAGAUCAUUGUCAAAGAGAAGUUGCGAUUCCCAUCUGGAAGCGCUACUGCGACUCUGAUUGCCGUUCUUCAUAAAAGUUCAUUUGAUAGAGUACCUAUCGAUGAAAACGAUAUUGAAGGUGAAAGCGAGGUUCAAGAAAAUGAGAGCAGUAAUGUACUUUCAAGAGAUGAAGAGAGUCCACAGGAUAGAGACCACCAUUCGCAAGUGACUUAUCUAAAGAACAUUCAGGUAUUGCUAACAUCCUUCUCUAUUUCUGCAGCAUACACGGUUCUAGCAUACUUUACACCAAUAAUAAGAAAUUUACCAGUGUUUGGGUCUUAUUUGGCCAAGAGCUAUUUGUGGACCUUCCAACCUUCUCCAGCAUAUAUCGGUCAGGGUAUUAUUAUGGGAUUGCCUACUGUAUCAUCCAUGUUACUGGGUGCGAUUCUAGGUUGGGGAAUCUUGGCCCCAAUGGCCACUCAUUUCGGAUGGGCUCAAGGGCCAGUCGAUGAUUGGAAGACCGGGGCACAAGGCUGGAUCCUUUGGAUCAGUUUAGCCAUUAUGGUUGCUGACACUGUUGUGUCGUUUAUUGCAAUCUCUAUCAGAUCAUUGUAUAACUGGUACAAACACAUGAAGGGUACUCAAGGAUCAAGAUCCGGGUCUCAGACUGAUUUGACUGGUUACCAGUCAUUAUCCGUUGAGGGUGAGACUCCCGAGGAUGGUCUGGCUAGUGCUAAUGCGAGCAAACAUCAUUUAGAGCAUGAUCAUGACUCUCCUCCUCAGUUUUUAGUUUCUCAUAAGGUUGCUAUUAUUGGACUUCUGGUGUCACUUGUUUUCUGUAUCAUCACCACCCGCUGGGUAUUUGGUCCAAUUAUACCUUUGUAUGCUACAGUAUGCGCAGUUAUUUUGGCAAUGUUUUUGAGCGUUUUAGGAGUACGAGCUCUUGGUGAGACUGAUUUGAACCCAGUUUCUGGUAUUGGCAAGAUUUCUCAAGUUCUGUUUGCCUUGAUUGUUCCUCGCGACCAUCCAGCGGCCGUUCUCAUUAAUCUUGUCGCUGGUGGUAUCACUGAAGCUGGUGCCCAGCAAGCAGGAGAUUUGAUGCAAGAUCUCAAAACUGGCCAUUUAAUAGGUGCUUCUCCAAAGGCUCAGUUCUAUGCCCAGGUUAUUGGAAGCGCAUGGUCCGCUAUCUUGUCAUCUCUAGUUUACAGAUUAUACGACAGUGUGUAUGAAAUUCCCGGUUCAUUAUUCCGAAUUCCAACCGCCGUUAUCUGGAUCGAUUGCUCGAGACUAGUCACUGGUGACGGCCUACCACCUCAUGUAGGAAAGUUCGCACUCAUCUUUUCAGUGAUUUUCACUAUUUUUGCAUUACUAAAAGUCAUUUAUGCUGAUGAAAAACACUCUAAGUGGACCAAGUACAUUCCUUCGGGUGUUGCUGUCGGUAUUGGUAUCUACAAUACCCCAUCAUUUACUCUCGCCAGAUUCAUUGGUGGCUGUAUUUCUGCUUACUGGCUGAGUAAGCACAAUGACCAUGAUUCAACCGUUCUCCUCAUUAUUGCAUCGAGUGGUUUGGUACUUGGAGAAGGUGUUUUUAGCAUUUUAUCAUUGAUCAUGACUAGUUUGAAUGUCCCUCAUUUUUAG